AUGGGUUCUUUGGACGAGUUCCGCGUGCUCAUCAUUGGGGGCGGCACUUGCGGGCUAGCUAUCGCACAAGGGUUGCAAAAGGAAAACAUCUCUUACACAAUCUUCGAGCGGGACUCUGCGGAUGAUUACUGGAAUAAAACACGAGACUGGGGCAUGCUGUUGCACUGGGGAAAGGACUUCCUGAUGAGAAUGCUUCCGGAAGACUUGAAAGAGAGAUUUAAAGAAACCCUCGUUGAUCCUGCGUAUGACGGAACAGAGGGGAUUCCUAUCCCGCACGUUCAUGGGGAGACCGGAGAGGUCAUGGCUAGAAUAGCAAUGCCAGGAAUGGUUCGCGUGUCGAGGAAAAAACUGCGUGAAUUUUUGACGUCAAAGCAAGAUCUCAACAUAUCGUUCGCAAAGAAACUUGUCUCGGUGGAAUCGACAGGCGCGAGCGUGACGGCGAUAUUCGAUGACGGCUCCAGAGAAAAAGGCAGCUUCAUGGUAGGCUGCGAUGGCUCAAGGUCGAAGGUUCGAGAAUAUCUGGUCGGGCCAGAAGCCGCAAAACCAUAUGAUACAGGCAUGACUAUCAUCAACCACGCUGCUUCUGGUUUCACACCAGAAUCGGCUCGCCUUCUCCGAAAAUAUCAUCCAAUUGGAACGUGUUUUUAUGACCCCGAAGUGUCCGGUAUCUUUCUCUUGACAAUACUUGAUGGCUCCAAUGCUGAAAAGCCAGAAACGUGGAGUUUCCAAAUCCAUCAUGCGUGGUGGGGAGCUCCGAACGCGGCUGAUUUGAAAGACCCAAGAGGACGACUAAAAUUCUUCAAGGAAAGAAGUUCCAGGAUCUGUGAACCGUUUUCAACUGCGGCUGCUGCUCUUCCAGAUGAUGCUGUGCUACCUGCAGAUCCUGGUCAACAAUGGUCUCCGACCCUCUGGGACAAUCAUAAGGGAACCGUCACAAUUGCAGGAGAUGCCGCGCAUUCAAUGCUUCCCAACCGGGGCCAGGGCUUGAAUAAUGCAAUGCAAGAUGCUGCCGAAAUUGUGGAUGCAGUCAAGUUGGCCGUUUCUGGGACAUCUCCGCUGGCAGAUGCAGUGACCGCGUAUGAGGAUGGGAUGCGACCAAGGGGCGCCAGAGACGUUGCGUUAUCGUUGGAAACUGCAUCCAAGCUCUAUGUCUCGGAACUUCGAGAGAGUCCCAUGUUCAAGGUGGGCUUGCAAAAAAUGGACGUAGAUGGAGUAAAGGUGGUCGCAGUUCCAAAUGCGGUCCAGCUUAUAGAUUGA